AUGGCUUCAUCAACCAAGGCAGCCCGGUUAGGCGAGGAGGUGUGGAAGACACGAGUCGACAAAAUCAGCGCCGAACUGGUCACUCUCACCUAUGGCACGAUUGUCGCACAACUAUGCAAAGACUACGAGUACAACUACGCCGACGUCAACAAACAAUUGGACAAGAUGGGCUACAACAUUGGCGUGCGCUUGAUCGAAGACUUCCUUGCCAAGUCCAGUGCGCCCGCGUGUACCAACUUUCGAGAGGUGGCAGAGAUGAUUUCAAAGGUUGGCUUCAAAAUCUUCCUGAACAUUACGCCUACCAUCACAAAUUGGUCUAGCGACAAUAAGCAGUUCUCUCUUAUCUUCGAGGAGAAUCCACUCGCCGACUUUGUAGAACUGCCGGAUGAUGGCCGAGCGCAGGAUGAGCUAUGGUUCUCCAAUAUAUUAGUCGGCGUGCUGCGCGGUGCGCUUGAAAUGGUCCAUAUGCAAGUCGAAGCACGUUUCGUCAGCGACAUCCUUCGCGGAAACGAUACCACCGAGAUGCGGAUAUCGCUUGUUCGUUUUAUCGAUGAUGAGAUGCCACCGGACGAUGAGUAG